UGUUCGGUUCAUUGAUACAACAGUGAAUGCUACCUGUGUAUGACAACCCCUGAAUCUUUGCGUGUAGUGGACCGAAUCUGCGGCCGCAUCUGGAACAGUUCAGCCAUUUCGUGACACGACUGCCUGCUAUGACGGAGCUCGCCGCUUAACAACAGAAAUCACAUGUCUCCGGAGUUCUACAGUUUGACACUGAAUUUGAUCGUGCUACAAUUCCCCCCAAAAGUGAUACUGAUGUCGAAGAUAUAAUCAGUGGUAAUGUCAGAAAGGUAACCGACCUAGGUCCAUCACACAUAAUGUCCACCGUAUCACCCUCGUCCAUCUCGCAGUCCCCCGAUAAAGGAUGGCUUGAACACCUCACCUUCGACCUUGUCCUGACAGUCCUCAAUCGCACAAUUUUCCACCCAUUCGUCGCCUGGGUUGGGGUGCUCAGCCUCCGAGCCCAGGUCACUCCUUACACCCAUAUCUCGUUCAUGGUCGCGACGGGCUAUGCGACCUUUCUCACGAUCUUGGCGCUUGCCCGUGCGAUGAACCGGAGACUGGCGCAUGGGCUUCCUCGACCUGUUGACUUGAGCGAAGAGGUUGUUGUUGUGACUGGCGGUGCGAGUGGCCUUGGCUUACUGAUUGCCCGGAUAUAUGGGUUACGUGGAGUUAGUGUGGCCGUCUUGGACAUCAAGGCUGAGAGCGAUAUCGAGGGCUGGGAAGAAGUGACAGGAGUGGAGUACUAUCAGUGCGAUAUUACUGAUCGAGAAGCGGUCGAGAAGACGGCAAGGAGAAUCAAGGAAGAGCUGGGUACACCGACUGUGCUUAUCAACUGCGCGGCGGCAGGAAUUAACGCUCAACCACUCCUGACUCUAUCUGCAGAGGCAUUCCAGAAAACAAUCCGAACCAAUCUACUCGCAGUCUUUCAUACUUGCCAGGUAUUUCUUCCCGGAAUGUUAUCCGCUGAGAAUGGAGGUACCAUCGUCAAUAUCAGCUCCGUCCUGGGCCAGCUGUCCGCCGCCGGCUUGUCAGACUACUCAGCGAGCAAGGCAGGUCUUAGCGCCCUUCAUCGGACGUUGGAAGCUGAGCUUCGUGUGUCGAGAAAUGAUGGGAUAGUGAAAAUGCUGCUCGUGGAGACAGGGCAGUUAUCAACGCCUCUGUUCAAAUCGAUUAAGACGCCAAACAAGUUCUUUGCGCCAGUUCUUGAACCAGUCCAUGUCGCUCAGAAAAUCAUUACCGCAAUAGAUGAAGGACGGGGUGGCCAAAUCAGGCUACCCGCGUUCGCCGCUUUUAUCGACUGGUAUGCCGUACUGCCUGCCAGCAUACAGCGGAUUGCCCGUUACCUGAGCGGUAUCGACCGUGCUGCUUUACAAGGGUCAUCUGCAGCAGAUCGGUCAAAACACGGUGUGUUGUCGAGUCAGAUAUCGCCAGAUGAACUGAAAGUCAAGAAGGGCGAUUGAUUAUCAAUGCUAUGAGCAAGACGACGACCACAAGAAGCUGUGAAAUCGUAUAAACUCCUUAAGGUAUCGUGGGUUGUCAUCGAACAAAUUUGCCUUCAAAGACAGAUGUUGGCAAGUUGACACUCUCAGGAUUCGGCAACCAAGAGUGGCCAGACCUGCAGAGCUUAUUGCUCGUGUGUCAAGAUCAUCUUCUCGCGCUCGCUCCGUCUCGGCGGCAGAGCACCCUUCUUAGUAUGCUUGCGAACAUUCUCCUCACGUCUCUUAAUAGCAGCAAGUUCUUCUCUCUUGAUCUCUGCCGCCUUCUUCACGGUUCUUGGCACAUGACGCUGGCGCUUGAUCCUUCGGAUUUCAGGCAUAUGCGAGUACCUGGUAAUUAGAG